AAAACCUUUGGCUAACUCGCACAAAAUGGCCCGCGGCGCCACGAUCAAGGUGAAUCCACGCGCGACUGCACUGCGACGCGCGAGCAGCUGCGGAAGUCUCCCCCUUCUGGACGAAGCAAUUCUGAAGGACUUGCUCAAAAAUACCACAUGGGCGGCUGCCCUCGUGCAUCCUCCAAAUGCACAUGAGCCGGAAAGUAGCGACUUCCCCGCCACCAAAACAGCUUCCACGAAGCCAAUUGCGUCGACCAACCAAGUCGAGAUGGACAAUAACAACGACGACAACAUCAUCGAAAAGAUCGACGAAGUUGUGGAACCAGAUGUCGUGCUCGCCAUCAACGAUUUGACGUCUACUCCCAACGAAGAAAACAAUUACCAUGACACGUGUGGAGACGCUAGCUUCGACUCGGACAUUCCGGAGCUUCGAGUGGAUAGCGCGCGCCAACGAGGCGGAACGACGCUAUUGGAUCGGCACUUUACCAAGCAUUCGUUGAAGAAACUCUUUUCGCUUCCGUCGCUCGUGACGACCGUGUUGGAAAAACGAAAGAAACCACAAACGAUGCCGUCCGUCCAUCGUGAUAAUACGUCGCCUACAAGUCGCAGUGGUCGCGUGGUGGCGCUGCUGGAAGGGCGGCCGUCCAGCCCCCUGGCGCUCCUCGAAGACGACAUGCCCCAGUCCCCCACGCAUCGCAACGUGCCUGCGACGUGGUUCAACUCGCACCCAGCGUUUAAUCGGUGCAAGUUCAUCGUAUGGCGCGGCGGUGUGCCUGGGUUCCACGUAAGCUAUAACAACAGCGGCACCAGCCUCGUGGUGGAUUCCAUCUCGGGACCGUUUGCUUGGACGGAAGGCAUUCGGGUGGGCGAUUACCUCGAGAGUAUCGGCGGCAUGUCCGUCGCUGACAUGGAUCCCCAUGCUGCCAUGGGCAUGCUCCGCAUGUCAGACAUUCCCACCGUUUUGCGCUUGAAGUCGUCAAGCGUGGUUCCCAGCGAACGCUUCUUUGUGGUGCUGCACGACAACGAAAAGUUAGGAGUGACAUUUACCUCGGAUGGCCCUCAAGCCAUUCCUGUCGUUAACCGCAUCACCGACCGCAACGACACACUAGCUCGAUGUUGUGGGCUCGGUUGUGGUCAUGUUCUUGUGGCCAUCAAUGCACAGGACACGAUCGCCAUGGAACUCACGGCGGCGAUGCAGUUGCUCGCAACCGUCAAAAAGCCAGCAACUCUCGAGUUUCGACGACUGUGCCCGACGCUGUUGACAGAACCCCUGCCGAUCUCCAUUGUACCCCCGACGCCAACGUCCAUGACCCAGCAACGAUAUAGCACGUUUUUGUCUUCCCGGGGCACCGAAAGCAGCGUCGCCGGACUGGAUCGGCUGUCGGUGGCGGCGACCACACUUGACGAAACUAGGGGCGAGAUCUUCAUCGUGUGGCGCUCAGGGCCCUUGGGCCUCACGUUUGUCGAAUGUACGGACACGGGGAUGCCGAAAGUGAACCGGCUCACGGGGAAAGGUCGGUCCCCUAUGAUCGACCGCGUCCAGCACGGGUAUACGCUGUUGUCUAUCAACGGCUCCGCGGUAGCACCGUACAUGUUUGACACUACAUGUGCCAUUUUGGCCAAGACAGACAAACCUUGCUUGUUGCUCUUUCGACCACCCCCCCGACCCCCCCAGGAAAACAAGGCAACUCCUCCGUGGAUGGACAGAACCAGUACCACCAGCACCACCAACAACGCUAUACCUUGCAGCAGUCACAAGACGUCGCGACCCCGUAUCGAUCGAUGUUAUUCCCGACAUGCACUCAAAGCAGAGUCCCAGCAUCUCGAGUACGAACUGUUGUGGGAACAAGCCCCCCUCGGCCUCGUGUUCGGCACGGACGACGCCACGCCGUACAUCAAGCGCGUCAAGGACGACUGCACUUUGCAUAUCAAACAACACCGGAGCAUUCUCCUGGAUGCGCUUGUGGCGGUCAACAACAUGGCCACCAGAGGCAUGUCGGCCUCCGAUUUGGCGGCGAUGCUCCGGUCCGCAACGUUCCCCACCGUGCUACGCUUCCGCAUGUGUCCUGCCAACGCCCAAGCCUAUGCCACCCCCGCCACGAAUACGCUGACCAGUCCGUCGAAUCAUGCUAUGCCAACCCCGCGUGACGAUCUUGGCAAGAACGACAGCAAGAAUUUGGCAAGCAUGGAUACCAUCUCGGACGCGUCCAGCAGCGACGUCCUCGACGACAACGACGACGACGACUUCCUCGGAAGCAUUUCCGAAGAUCUAGACACGAUGCAAAAGUUUGCCCGGUCGUUCAACGUCGUGUGGCAUGGAGGGGACCUGGGUCUCACGUUCGAGUUCUGCGGGGGUGCGGUGGUUGUCAAGCGGUUGCUGCUGCAGGGGUGUGCGCGGCGGUCCAACAUGGUGCAGGUAGGCGAUGCCCUGGCGAGCAUCAAUGGUCGCCGCAUCCCCAAAGAUCAAGCAUUCAAGGACACGAUGGUGCAGCUGUUGGAGCUGCGGAAGCCCGUGAUCCUCGGGUUUGAACGCGAUGAAGUUAUCACGCCGAACAAUCAUGGCCAACAAAAGGCGAGUCGACUCGUGCGAAACUACGAAGACGACGGCGACAUUUUUGCCCAAGUAGAGGAACGAGGUGCUGCAGAAGACGAAAGUAUAGAUACAUCUACUCGAUUGUAACGUUAAUGCAGUGAAUAUGACGUUGCGACCUUGCAAC